UCUGUGUCGCCUCAUCGGGACUCACGCUUGCUCGCUCUCUCGUUCGUCGCUGUGGUUAGGCAGAACGAAGACGACGACGAUGAGGAUGACGACGAUGAGGAAGACGACGACGAGGAAGACGACGUUGAGGAAGACGACGAUGAGGAAGACGACGUUGAGGAAGACGACGAUGAGGAAGACGACGAUGAGGAAGACGACGUUGAGGAAGACGACGAUGAGGAAGACGACGAUGAGGAAGACGACGUUGAGGAAGACGACGAUGAGGAAGACGACGAUGAGGAAGACGACGAUGAGGAAGACGACGUUGAGGAAGACGACGUUGAGGAAGACGACGUUGAGGAAGACGACGAUGAGGAAGACGACGAUGAGGAAGACGACGUUGAGGAAGACGACGAUGAGGAAGACGACGUUGAGGAAGACGACGAUGAGGAAGACGACGAUGAGGAAGACGACGAUGAGGAAGACGACGAUGAGGAAGACGACGAUGAGGAAGACGACGAUGAGGAAGACGACGAUGAGGAAGACGACGAUGAGGAAGACGACGAUGACGAUGCAGCAGAGAGAGAGAGAAGCAAACAAACCAGCAUGUGCAAAACUUGUGUGAAUUAAAUUAGCAGAGUCCACCUUCCGUACUUCGUUUUCUUUUGCGCGUUUUCUUUUUCGUUUUUUAAUUUUUUUUAUUUGACGGCUAGACGCAUUUCUUCACGUCCAUGUUUUACGAAUUUUUUGACAUUUUUCGGAGACUUUUGUAUUUCGAAGUAAGAAGAAUACACCUGAAAUAACGGAGGAAGUUAAAUAAAUAAAAAAAAAUAGAGAAGUCAGCAAGUAAAUAUAUAAAUAAAAUACUGAUGAAAAAUAACUGGAAGCUCAUAUAUAGGCUACCAUUGACAUUUUGGGGAGAUUUUAGUUUGUCGUCGAAGUUAGAAGAAUAAACCUAAAAUAAAAGAGCGAGUUAAAUAAAUACAAAAAUAAAGAAGUCAGCAAGUAAAUAUAUAAAUAAAAUACCGAUUUAAAAAUAACUGAAUGUUCAUAAUAUAUACUCGUCCCUCAACCAAUAAUGAGGAAGCCAUGUACACUCUCCACUAAAAGCUCUCGAACGCUUUAAGCACCAUGCAUUCUGAGAUACACGGACGAAGAAUUUUGAGACACCUCUCCCUGUGUAAAACGGGUGGUAGCCCUGUGUACACAGGCUCUGUGUGAAGGAGUGACAUGCCAAUGGCUCCGUAUUACAUUCGCACUGAUAAGUCUUGUCGCUUAAUCUCGAUAAUGUAUUGCUAAUAUGCUGUGGCGUAAGGUGAAUAUAUCGAUUAUGUAACCGUAUUUUAAUAAUUGGUUAUAUGUUGCGGUGAUAAUUCCUCGCCACCAGUGCG